GACGCUCUGCGUCGCUUCCGUCUGAACGCAGUGACGUUGAACGCACGCUUUGUUCCUGAAGCGAUAGCUGGCUGGAUGAGCUCUGCCAGUAGGCGGGCUCGCUGCGCAGGAACGUGGGCCGGCGUCUGUGUGUGAGCGCGGCAGAGAGAGGCCUGCGCUUCGCUGGCCAACAUCAUCAUGUACCCCUCCUGGGGAAACUAUGGCGGGGGGCAUCAUCACCCUCCGCCGCCACCUCACAGCUUCGGCAUGAGACCUCCUCCGCCGCUGCGCGGCCCGCCGCCGCCCGGAGGGGUGUUCGGGGGCUACGGCCCUCCGCCUUCGGCGCCCCCUUCCAACUUUUCCAGCCUGCGAGAGCAGCACCUUCAGCAGAUGCAACAGCUUCAGCAGCUGCACCAGAAGCAGCUGCAGUCGGUGCUGCACCACAACAGCGCUCCGUACGGCAGCUCGUGGCACGGCGGCCCGGGGGGUCCUCCGGCCGGCUACCAGGUCCAGGACCAGCAGCAGCAGCAGCCCCCGAGAUCCGCGCCGCCCCCUGGGCACCGCGACGUGCAGCAGCAGCACCCGCCGCCACCGCCGCCGCCGCCGCCGCCUGAGCCCGCCCAGCCUCCGGGGCACAAGAGUGGCUCCAGUGCGGCGCUACCACGGCCCGGCGAAAAGCAGGAGGGCGGCGCGAAAGGUGGUUCUGGUGGCUCUAGUGGUUCGGCGGCGGGAGAGAAGCCCGAUUUCUCCACGAUGACGCUGCAGGAGCAGCAGCAGUAUUGGUAUAGACAGCACCUUCAGAACCUGCAGAGGCUGAAAACUCAGAAGACAGCACUGAAUCAGAAUCAAGGGGCAAGCCAGCAGGCACCCAAGAAUGACAGCUCAGGUGCCCCUCCGCCUCCAGUGGAACCUCCCCGAAACGCACCACCUCCUCCACCCCCCACUGAGCAACCCCCGCCUCCUCCACCCCCAGAGGAUUCAAAGUCAUCCAUCAUCUCUUCCUCUGGAGAUCCGGUGGAGGCGGCCCGUCUGCAGCAGCUGCAAGCGGCAGCGGCACAGUGGCAGCAGGCCCAGCAGCAGAGAGCUGGUCUCCAGUACCAGGCCCUAAUGCAGCAGCAUGCGCAGCUCCAGCAGAUUCUUCAGCAGUACCAGCAAUUUGUUCAGCAGCCCACACACUUGCAGACGAUGCCUGUGGAGAUGCAGCUGCGACACUAUGAGCUACAGCAGCAGCAGUUUGGCCCAGUCUACCAGGAGUGGGAGCGCCAGUUCAAGCUGUGGCAGGAGCAAUUCCAGGCUUACCCUCACAAGGAUCAGCUGCAGGACUAUGAGAGCCAGUGGAAGCAGUGGCAGGAGCAGAUGAAAUCCACAUCUGCUCAUCUGCAGGAAAGAGUGACCACUCUGCGUGCCAUGCAGGUCCAGUACAGUGGUGCUCCCUUUGGGGGUGUGAUGGGCGUCACACCCUAUGGGCAGUAUCAACAGCCCGCGCAGGACCAAGCAACGGCUCCUGCCCUAACGCCUUCAAAAAUGGAGCCGGUUCCUUCCUCCGGCCCAGCGGCACAGAGCCCUCAGCCCCCAGUGCCCCUUGGCCCACCACCUCCGCCGCCAACACAAGGCCUAUCUUCUGUACUGCGUGUAUCAUCCCCAGCACCUGUUGAACCUUCCCCAAUGGCUUCCCUGCCACCCGGAAAAUUUGCUUCUCCAGCUUCAGCUCCAACUUCAUCUGUUCCAGCUGGACCACUGCUGCGGGGUUCCCGGCCACCUGGGCCGCACUCCCAUUUUGAAGGGCCAAGAGGACCAAGGUUUGAAGGACUUCGAGGAAGUACUGUCACAAGGUUUGAGCAGCAGAGGUUCAGCGCCCCCUCACGGUUUGAGCCACAUCCAAGGUUUGGGCCACCAAGGGGAAACCAGCCGGUACGCUUUGGGCCACCAGGAAGAUUUGAGCCUCCACCAAGACAGUGUCCCCCAUCAAGGUUUGAACGACCCCCUGGACCUCAUCAGGCCCAAGUACACGAAGCUCAGUCUACACCCAGUCCUGCCACGGAUGUAAAAGCACAGAAGGCUCAAGGUGACGCUCCGUCAGACUCGCAGACUCGUGCCAACCAUGUCAAGCCGUCCACUCCUGGACCAGAUGGUUCACAGGAACCCGGGAACUUGGCUUCCCAGGAACUAAUGUCAGAUGACAUUUUGGACACGGCUGAUGGCUUUUUUGUCCAAAGUGACCCUAUUCCUCAGACUACAGUAAAAGUAGAACCUCAGAAAAAACCAGACCAGCCUGUUGAGGACACUGACAAGAAGGAGAGUCCAGCACUGGAUUCUGCUAAAGCCCCUAUAUCUGAAGCAGCCCCAGUUUCCUCACAACAGACCCCUGCCCCUGAACCCAGGGAUUCUGUGAGUGAAGUCCAAGCUCCUGUUAAAAACAGCAUUGGCACUGGACUGCUUCAGAAGCCAAAGAUUCCUGGGCCAGCUCCGCCCAAAGCCGACAUGUCCAGACCUCCUGGGUUCCCCUCAAUGAACAAUGACAUGAUGCCUCCAGCUGUAGUGCGUGGAAGGGGGAGGGGCCUCUUGCCAGGACCUGGUAGAGGGCGGGGUUGGGGCAGAGGCCAGCCACCAGGACCUCCCCAUGGCUUUGUUCCCAGCAACAGUCAGCGGAUGGAGGAUCCUGAGCUGAUGCACCAUGGCUACCGGGGGGACAAGGAGGCCCACGAGUGGCGGGUCACAGAAGGGAGUGGGGAUGGCCACUUACCUUCACAAGAGGAGGAGUUAUGGCCAGGUGAGGACGAGGAGCACUAUCGGGAUGAGUUCUAUGAAGACCCUGGCCGACGUGGGCCUCCCCUGCGAAGAGAUCCCCUGGAAGGGCCCCCCAGAGGGAGGCACUGGGACGAGCGUGAACCUGAGUACUAUGAAGAAGGAGAACCCUACUGGGGGGACAGGAGGCCCCCACUGCGGCACUGCCCUUCGUUUCCCCCCGAGGAGCACCGGCGCCCUCCUCCUCCACACGGUUUCCUCCACCGUGGCCCGAGACGACCCCCUCCACCUCACGAGGGCAUGGAUCCGCGAGGGGUGCCUCCCCACCGAGAUGUCAUGGACAGAGACACCAUGGGCCCUCCUCUCCACCGUGACCACGAUCCACGGGGUCCACUGCUGCACCAUGAUAUGCUGGAAAGGGAUGUAAGGCGACCGCCUCCCCCACCUCGUGAGUUUUUGGAAAGGGACCACAGGGGUCCCCCUCCAUUCCACCCCGAUGCAGUGGACAGAGAGGCAGGGUGGCCACGUGGGCCUCAUGAGCGGGAGAUGAGACGGCCCCUGCACUCUCGUGAGAUAGCAGAGAGAGACUCGAGGUGGCCACCCCCAGGCCAUGAUCCCAUGGACAGGGAUCUGCGUAGAGCCCCGCCCCCUCAUCACGAAACACCAGGAGACCGGCGAUAUGACCAGGGCUAUAGGGAUGAGUUUGGCCCGGAGCAUGAGGACUAUGGCCCGUCGCAGGACUACCAGCCGCGUGAUUACGAGUCCGAGGAAGACCGCUACCGUCCGACUGGCCAAUGGAAUGUAGAACACCAGGGUCGCGAUUACCCAGCAUACCCUCCAUACGGCUCACGGGGGCCGCCCGAGCGCUUCCAUAAGGGCCAGUGGGCCGAAGAACAUGAGCGCCCAUACCCCUGCGAGGGGGAGACAGGAGACAGGGGAGACUUGAGGGUGCGAGAGUACCCAGGGGAGCCUGCGUACCGGCGUGAUGGACCACCAUACACUGCUGCCCCGCCCCAGGUGGCACCAGAAUGGGAACGGCCCCCGCCUGAAAGGCCAUUCCCUCCAGAAGUAGAGGAGCCGCAGCCCCAUUUUGAGGCUGCUUCCGAACCCCGAGCUGAGCUGCUUGCACCUACUGCCCUCCCUGCAGCCAGCAGUGGUGUGACAGAGGCAUCGGUGGCACAGACACCACCAGAGCCUGGGAAGGGCAUUCUGGCACUUUCCCAGAGGCAGCAUGAAAUCAUCCUGAAAGCUGCCCAGGAACUCAAGAUGAUUAGGGAGCUUCAGGAGAACAAGAAUGCAUUGGCUGAGUUUAAGCCGGAGAAUGCAGAGGGGCAGACUGAGAUUGCGGAUGGCCUCAUGGGUCUGGAGAUCCCACCUGUAGUGAGGAGUGCCCUGCAGACUACCAGCCUUAUGCCUGAUACCAGACAGACCCCUGCAGGCCCAGUGGCAUCUUGGGAUACUGGACCUCCAGCCUCAUCCUCUGAUACAGGAUUUCUGUUAACGCAGACAUCAGCACCAGUACCCUCCAAACCUGCUGUCAUCCCUAGGACAGUGGACUAUGGACAUGGUCAUGACGCCGGUUCCACGGUGGAGCGCAUCUCAUAUGGAGAGAGGAUCAUACUGAGACCGGACCCGGUGCCGUCUGACAGGCCGUAUGAAAAAGAACCCCUUGGCCCCCGAGACGCUUAUGAGCGAGAUCCUUACUACGAGCGACGGCCAGAUCCAUACCUGGAGCGACGGGAGUAUGUCCGAGAACGCGAUCCGUAUUGGGACAAGCCACCGUUGGACUAUGAGCGAGAGCGCUACGAACGAGAGCGCUACCCGAGAGACGACAGGCUGCCUCCAGGGCCCCCACCUAGACCUGGCAGCUUUAGGGAGAGAGAUCUGAGGGAUGGUCGAGAGGGCCGCAGCAGCCGAGACCGGGAGGAGCAUUACGCAAGGCAUCCAUAUGACCGACCGGUCUAUGAACGCCCACCGGAGCGACCAGGAUUUGAGCACGGUCCCCCAGGAUAUAGCAAUGACAGGAGGAGCUACCCUGAAGAGCGGCUUCCUGUUCCUCCCCCUCCGUUGCCGCCUCCACCCCCUGUAGCACCACGGGUCGAGAAGAAACCUGAAACAAAGAAUGUGGAUGACCUUCUGAAGCCUCCUGGCCGCGAGAGCCGGCCAGAAAGGAUUGUCAUUAUAAUGAGGGGCUUACCAGGAAGCGGCAAAACCCAUGUUGCUAAACUGAUUCGAGACAAGGAGGUAGAGUGUGGUGGGGCGCCCCCUCGUGUUCUUGGGUUGGACGACUAUUUCAUGACUGAGGUAGAAAAAACGGAGAAGGACCCUGACACAGGAAAACGCGUCAAAAAGAAGGUUAUGGAAUAUGAAUAUGAACCAGAGAUGGAGGAGACAUAUCGCAACAGCAUGUUGAAGACCUUUCGGAAGACCUUGGAUGAUGGAUUUUUCCCCUUCAUCAUCAUUGACGCAAUUAAUGACCGUGUGAAAUACUUUGAUCAGUUCUGGAGUGCUGCGAAGACCAAAGGCUUCGAAGUAUAUUUGGCUGAAAUUACUGCAGACAAUCAGACCUGUGCAAAAAGGAACAUCCAUGGGUGGAAGCUGAAGGAUAUCACCAAGAUGGCGAGUAACUGGGAGGCGUCUCCCCGCCACAUGGUGCGCCUCGACGUCAGGUCCCUGCUGCAGGAUGCUGCUAUAGAAGAGGUUGAGAUGGAGGAUUUCAACCCAUCUGAGGAAGAGGCCAAGGAGGAGCCCCCAGGAGCUGCUGCUGAGGAGGAGGAAGGAGAUCUGGCUUACAUUCCAAAAAGCAAAUGGGAGAUGGAUACUUCUGAGGCCAAACUGGACAAGCUUGAUGGACUGGUGAGCGGCGGCAAGAGGAAGCGGGAUGGGGCCAGUCUGUCGGGCAUGGAGGACUUCUUGCAGCUUCCUGACGACUACGCUACGCGCUUGUCUGAGCCUGGCAAAAAAAGGGUGCGGUGGGCCGAUCUGGAAGAGAAAAAAGAUGCCGAUCGAAAACGUGCAAUCGGCUUUGUAGUGGGACAAACGGACUGGGAGAAAAUCACCGAUGAGAGUGGACAGCUUGCUCAAAGAGCGCUCAACCGCACUAAGUAUUUUUGAGAAGAGUGUUUUUAAGUCCCUCGCAUUGUAAUGGUUCCUUGCUGAAAAUGCAGACCUUGUCUCUACAGAUUCUGGGGCUAGAACUGUAGUUCAGAAAUGAAAGGGUUCCUCAAUGUUCAUAGUAGAAUUUUCCUGAUUUAUUAUUUAAGUUUUAUUUUUUCCGUUUUGUGCUUUUGUUGUAAAUUCCAGAUCAGCAGAUCCUUUAGUUGUUAGUUGUGUUUCUCAUUUUAUACGCUGUAUAUUGUAUGUAAACCUGUUAGCACUGUCACUUAUUUUAACAAAAAUAAAUGUAUUGAAAUAA